CCUCCGAAACCCCAAAAAUCUUAUUACCAUUUCUCAGGAGAGAAUAGUGUGCCCCAAAACCUUCUUUUCAAUGGCGACUUUUACCCUCUCUCUCCUUCCUAAGACCCUAACCCCUCUUUCUCUGCCCAAAACCUCCAGUUCCACUUCGACUUCCACUCCCACCCCGCUGUCUCGUGUCCACUUCGGUUACCCUAGCCCGCUCUUGAACCUCUCCACAAAAUCUCGGCCGUCUUCAAGCAGAGCAGCAGCAGUUGGUGGGGACUACUCGGCCAAGAGAAGCAGUGGUAGUAGCAGCAGCGAGCCCAGGGAGACCAUCAUGCUCCCCGGAUGCGAUUACAAUCAUUGGCUGAUUGUGAUGGAGUUCCCCAAGGACCCUGCGCCCACUAGGGAGCAGAUGAUUGAUACUUACCUCAAUACCCUCGCCACUGUCUUGGGCAGCAUGGAAGAAGCAAAGAAGAAUAUGUAUGCUUUCAGUACCACCACCUACACUGGAUUCCAGUGCACAGUUGAUGAAGAAACAUCUGAGAAAUUCAAGGGAUUGCCUGGGGUGCUCUGGGUGUUGCCAGAUUCAUACAUAGACGUCAAAAAUAAAGACUAUGGAGGGGAUAAGUAUAUCAAUGGAGAGAUAAUUCCCUGCAAAUACCCUACUUAUCAACCAAAACGUAGCGGAUCAAAAUAUGAAAGUAGAAGGUACGAAAGGAAGAGGGGGCCCCCUCCUGAAAGAAGAAGACCCAGACAAGAGGUGUCUACUUCUGAUUCAGCCUCUGGAUGAGGUACUGGGAUUUUGUGUCAUACUAUGUCUUUUUUUUUAGAUUUAUUCCAGACUUUAGAUUUCUUACUGCUGGAUGAGCUAUCAGAAUUUCAUUCUCCAUAAAAGAUUUACCUGUAGGAGUAUAUUUUUGUACUUGAUUUUGAGUUCUCCCCACACGUGAUCAAUCUUAUUGCGUCGAACUGGAUUAGUUUAUCUUUUUUAACUGUUAAUUUAAAGAUUCCUUUCAUGAUUA